AAUAUAUAGACAUGUCCAUCACUGUGUGUAUAUCAACUGUAACUAAUAUACAGACAUGUCCAUCACUGUGUGUAUAUCAACUGUAACUAAUAUACAGACAUGUCCAUCACUGUGUGUAUAUCAACUGUAGAUAAUAUACGGACAUGUCCAUCACUGUGUGUAUAUCAACUGUAGCUAAUAUACCGACAUGUCCAUCACUGUGUGUAUAUCAACUGUAACUAACAUACGGAUAUGCCCACCGCUCUAUGUACAUGUAUAUCAAGAAUAGCUAAUAUAUAAGAAGCAUACAUGUAUUAAUGCCGCAGCAGUAUCGUUUUUUAUUUUAUUAUAAACAAAUAAGAAAUUUGUUAUAACAGAUUGAAAAUUUGUUAUAUAACAAAGGACUUUUUUGUUAUAAAAAUUAUCAAUCUGUUAUAACAACUUAUCAGUUUGUUAUUGUAACUUACUAAUUUGUUAUAUCAAAUUAUCAAUAUCAAGAGAUCAUAAUAGACAAUCAUGAAUUUUCUUUCAAUCGUCUUUUUUCGGAUCAUGCACCAAGUUAGACUAUCAAACCAAUCAAAUAUUGAUGAAAUAUUGAAGCAGCAUCUUGACCAUCCCCUUUCAACAACAUCACUUUUACAACAAUCUUAUCCUUAUAGACGCUAGCGAGUCGUCUGUCUGUAAACUUUUCAUACCUUCGACUUCUUCUCCAGAACCACUGUGCCAAUUUCAACCAAACUUGGUACAAAUUAACCUUGGAUAAUGGGGAUUUACGUUUGUUCAAAUGAAAGACUGUACCCAUUCAAAGGAGAGAUAAUCACAAAAAAUGCAAAAAUAUGGUGGGAUCAUUUAAAAAUCUUCAUUUCAAGAAUCUUAGAGCCAGAAAAGCUGAAAUUUACAUGAAAGCUUCUUGACAUAGCGAAGAUUCAAGUUUGUUAAGAUCAUGACUCCCGGGGGUAGAUUGGGGCCACACUAGGGGAUCAUUUUUUUUUUACAUGCAAAUAUAUAGGGGACAUCUUUAAAGGUCUUUUGUGAUAACAAACUAAAAAAGAUACUGCUGUGGCCCUUAUAUGCUUCCGUACUAAUAGAUUGUUAACGUUGUUUUCCAAAAUGUCUACAUUCAGUCAAAGUAUAGACCCCCCAUGAAAAAAUCAUAACCUCUCAGAACACAUGGGGGUCGCCAAAGGGAGUUACAACGUUAUGCAGGUAUGAAAAUGCAUGUAUCUUUAUGAUGAAAUGCCUCGUGGAUCCCAUGAUUGGACAAUUGAAAAAAAGAAUAGUGCGUAUUGAACUUGUAAGACGAUCUUUCAUUGGUUAACAAGGCGGGUGUAACUCAGUCUGAUUAAAUAGGAGAAGGUGGGGGGGGGGGGGGGGGGGGGGCUGGUUUUCAUCAGACUGGGUGUAAAUUGUCGUACACUGCUGAAGCAAGCUAGGGAUAACUACUGGUAAUGUGACGUUAUAAUGCAUUACCUCUCUACACGCAAAUGAUUAAGUGCAUGGUUAAAGAUAAAGAAUUUACUCGUUAAAGUAUAAUAGUUACGUAGCAUGCAAUUGAGGACUUUUAAUUUAUGCAUUGUCCAGUGUAGUUUUUUUCUUCCCUGAUUUAAUUCAUGAAUUUGAUUGUGAACAAAAUGUUGUCAAAGCGCUUAUCAUGAAAUUGAUAUAUUUUAAAUCUGGUACUUUGGACUGUGGCAUGUAAACAUUCUACACAGUAUAGGAAUUAUUUGCCUAUUAAUCUGAAAAUUAAUUCCAGCUUACCACAAAUUAACAUUGUUAUGUCAGAAAAAAAACUUAAUACACACUGACACACACAAAAACUAAAAUAACUUGUCUUGCAUCUACGUGACUCACGAACCAUCAGUAACCAUACUCUUCUCUGUUUAACAGCAUGAGUGGACGCAAAAUCCAAGGAAAGAGCGUUACCCAGUCACAAAUUAACCAAAGAUACAGACAACGUACAUGUAGAAGGCACAUCAAUGAUCUGGUAACGGACGCGGUGCCAUUUGAGGAUCCUCAACCUCCGCAUGGCCCCAGUGAAGAAAACUUGGAAGCUGUUGUAGGUGCAGUUAGUUUGUACAGCCCUUUGUCGACACAAGCACCUGGUGCCUGUAUUUCAUCAGAAGUAAAACUCAAGGCCAAAGAAAUGGGCUUUUCUCCACAGCUGAUCGAUAAAGCUUGUGGUCAUCUUAGUCAACGAAAUGGAACAAAAGAGCCCGAUAUUCAAGAAUUGGUGGAUGAACUUUUAAGACUCCGUGAAAAAUAACAGUUAUACAGUGUUUUCAUUGAUACAUUGCAUUUAUUUGAGAGCAAUGUUAUUUUAGAUUCACUUUUGCAAACCAUGAUGUGUUCAAGUUAUACCAAAUGUGUUCAAUUAAACAAAUUGCAAUUUUUGAAUAUGUAUUGAUUUUAUUAUUUUUCUGUGGUUAUCGUAUUUGUUUUAUCUAUCUUAGUACAGUGUUGUAAACGGCAUCAAUAGAAAAAAAAAAAUCACACAAUAUUGAAUUGAAAUCAGUGUUGUACGUAUAAUUCAGUUGUCCGGAGAUUUUGAACUGCACGUGUUUUAAGACGUUUUUAAACGAUUGUUUGCAUAUUUUUUUUUCAUAUGCAAUAUUUCAUCAUUCGACAUAAAGGAUAACAGACAGAGAAGAAGUAUAUAUAUAUAUAUAUAUAUAUAUAUAUAUAUAGUUAUAUAUAGUUUUAUCAUGUGAAAGUACUGAAUUUAUUAUAGUAACAUCGACAGUGCCUUCGCUGUGGAUAUGAACGGGGAAUUUCAGUGUUUAUUUAUACACCUGUAAUAUUCGAAUUGCUAAAUUUCAUUUAAGAGGACUUUAAACCAUAGAGAUACAUGACAAGAAACAGGUAUGUGAACAGCUAUUAUGUUGAAAUACAUACAUGUGUAAUAGAAAUAGUAGAUUUGUUGUAAUCUUAAUCUUGAUUAAUAAAAUAUGGAGAUUUUUUUUUUUUUAUCAAUUUUACGGUGUAAAAUAUCAAAUAAACUUGUUCAAGCACAUACAUGUAUAUACACUAUAUACAUAUAUUUGUUUUUAAAAAAUGUGGACUGCUCUCUGUGACAAUUUAAAAUUGGCUCUAAACAGACAUGAUAGAGAACAUACACAUGAAAUAGAAAAUAUAUAUAACAUGGAUAGUUUUCAAGACUCGUGCUUAAACUGGCGCAAUACACACCAUACGGGGAAUUCCGAAAUUAUUAAUAGACAUGACCCGCAAAUUUCCAGUUGGUAAAGAUAGACAUCUUACUACCGUGAAUAUUGAUUACUCGUGUGUAUUUACUAUGGCGAACCGUAAACAGAAGUAAUAAACAAACAAAGAGUAAUAAUAAUCAACUUUAUCAACGAGAACAUACUUCCAGUUACAUUGACUGAAAGAAUAUACUAUUGUUUUUGUAGAAAAUGUCUCGAGCGAAGCAACGUACAUGUCAAACAAAUCUUUACUCAUAUUACGCGCAGUAUGAAAAGAGAAUACAGACCUUUAAAUAUUGGACAGGGGGAGCUAAUCCACGCCUUUUAGCUCUUGUCGGAUUCUUUUCAACAGAUACUGAUGACCAUGUUUGCUGUUUCGCCUGUGGGGUCAGGAUAAAAAGCUGGGACAAACACUGUGAUCCAUGGACGGAGCACUUCAAAUGGAAACCGAGCUGUAGAUUUCUACAGACGGAGCAUAGUGAAUACAAGAAACAAAAGACGAUUCUGAAGUACUCUUCGUUUGAAGAACGACUAAAGUCUUACACAAUUUCAUGGCCAGGAACAGAGUUUCAAGAUCCCGUCCAAAUGGCAAACGCUGGAUUUUUCUACCUCGGUUACGGUGAUCACGUGCAGUGUUUUUGCUGUAACAUUCACCUAUCUUCCUGGGACUCACAGGAUAUUCCAAUACAGGAGCAUGCACGAUGGAAUUCCCGAUGUGGUCAUCUUAGAGAGCGACUUCAGGCGGAGAGCAUGCGUACGCAGGAAUUAAUUCUUCCGAAACAAAAACAUCUGGCACAGCAUUUUGGCGAAACAAGAAUGAAAGAAGAGAAAAUAAAGCUGGUGACAGUGGAAGAUUUAGAAGCGGACAGUUCCGGACAGGAAGUUGUUGAUAUCCACGACCUGGGGCAAGGAGUUUCGAUUCGAACUGGGGAAUUCGAAUUAAAACCGACAUCAUGCACCAGCUCCUCUCUAGAAGAGCCAGCAAGGGGUAGAACGUACGAUGGUAAGGAAUAUUUCUCCGUCAGCUACCAGCAUUACAAAAGGUGAUAAAAUGAUUGUGUUUAGAGAUAUUUGUUUCCUUUCUGGACUACUAGAACGUUGUUCAUUGCAACGAAGGAAACAUUCAUCGGAAAGCAUUCACUGCAACUCUUAAAAAACUUUUUCUGAGAGGAAUGUCAUCCAUGGAGCGUCAACGUUUGCAGAACCUCAGGACAAACCUGUACAUGAAAGUUUUCAGAACAUCAAGACAAAAAUGUACAUCAAAGUUUACAGAACUUCAGGACAAAUCUGUACUUGAAAGUUUUCAGAACAUCAGGACAAAGCUGUACAUGAAAUUUUGUAGAACUGUACAUCAAAGUUUUCAGAACAUCAGGACAAAAGCUAUACGUGAAAGUUUGCAGAACUGUACAUUAGAGUUUGCGGAACUUCAUGACAAACUUGUAUGAAAGACCAAUUAACUGGUGAUUUCAGUUGAUUAGAAUUACGCGAUGUUGAUGGAGUUAAUGCUGCUGAAUAUAGGAGCUCAACUUUCCUAUAGUUAGUAAUUUAUGAUAUAUUCAUACAUGGUACUAUUAUAAGGGUCACUGUGACAGAUUGAUUCUCCACACAAAUCAGACAUGUUUUACGGCCAGAGAAAAAUUAUUGGAAGGAUGGAUCGCAAUUUUCACAGUAGUUGAUGCAUCGAUCCAUUUGUCCAGUUUGUUCACAAACAAAAUAGCAAAACAUAUAUUUUUCAAUAUAAAUGUUUAUAGAUUAACAAAGUCACAAUGUAAUCUUCCUAAUAUAACAGUUUAUUUAUAGAACUGUAAAGAGCUAUUGAAAUUUAAUGCAGAUUGUUUAUUCAUGUCAGGCUGUGAUGAUAACACGUAUAAUCAAAAUAUAGUACUUUUACAUAACGAUUCUGAACCGUUUCUCGUUUACCUGCGCUGUUGCAUUGUAUCAUAUCUGCGACUUGUAUAUUUAUAUGUAUUUUUGAAAUUGUGUGCUCAGUAGGGCAUUUAGUUUUAAUUCGAUAUGAACAGGGCAAUUCAAUGCAGAAAGUGAAUCCAGGUUUUUUUUCAAUGAUUUGUUUUUCGUCUUCUCGUUUUUUAUUUAUCUAUAUGGUAUAUUUACUAACUAGUCAUACAUAAUAAUGUAUCAAAUAUUGCAUUAUAUAUAUUUUCAGUAAACAGCUUCAAUUUCGAUGUGCAUUGCAUAUCCGUGCAUAUCAACGUUAACGGCGUGCUUGAAAUGUCAUUACAAUCCGCUAGUUGUUAAAAUUAUUUAAGUAACACCGUCAUCCUUUCUUGAAUAUUUAUUUUAAUGCAGCAUUUAUUAAUAAAAUUCUAUUUUCACUAA